CCGGUUCUGCCUAUGCGCUCGCUCUCUCUCUAUAGACAGUGUCUUCUCUUUGUCGUAUGCUCCUGUCUGCUGUGGCAACACGAUUGAAGUCUUUCUCUCUAGCGGCUUCCACAUCGUCUGGAGCCGAACAAGUCAUUGCCUGAGAGCAUCCCUCCUUAUUGUCUUCUACCGAGUCACGCUUUGGUUUCAACAGCAUGUCUCAGACUAACUGGGAAGCUGAUAAGAUGUUAGAUGUUUAUAUCUAUGAUUACCUAGUUAAGAGGGAUUUGAAGGCUUCUGCUGAGGCUUUUCAAGCUGAAGGAAAAGUAUCCUCGGAUCCCGUUGCCAUUGAUGCCCCUGGAGGAUUUCUGUUCGAGUGGUGGUCAGUAUUCUGGGAUAUAUUUAUCGCCAGGACUAAUGAGAAGCACUCAGAAGUUGCUGCAUCUUAUAUCGAGACACAGUUAAUUAAGGCAAGGGAACAGCAUCAGCAGCAGCAACAGCAGCAGCCACAAUCCCAGCAUCAUCAGCAGCAGCAACAGCAGCAGCAGCAGCAGCAGCAGCAGCACCAGCACCAGCACAUGCAGAUGCAGCAAAUCCUGUUUCAGAGGCAGCAGCAGCAGCCACCGUCACAACCACAGCAGCAGCAGCAGCAGCAGCCACCUCCGCAGCAGCAGCAGAGAAGGGAUGGGACUCAUCUCUUAAAUGGCACUACAAAUGGGUUAGUUGGAAACCCUAGCACUGCAAAUGCCAUGGCAACAAAGAUGUAUGAAGAGAGGUUAAAAUCUCCCCUUCAGAGGGAUUCUUUGGACGAUGCAGCCUUGAAGCAAAGAUUUGGUGACAACAUGGGCCAGCUCUUGGACCCCAAUCAUGCCUCAAUGAUGAAGUCAGCUGCAGGUUCUGGCCAGCCUUCAGGACAACAAGUUUUGCAUGGUGCUGCUGGUGGGAUGCCUCAACAAGUUCAACCUCGUAGUCAACAAUUGCCAGGGUCUACUCCAGAUAUAAAGAGUGAGAUUAAUCCUGUUUUGAAUUCAAGAGCUGCAGGUCCUGAAGGAUCAUUAAUAGGAAUUCCUGGAUCAAAUCAAGGCAGCAAUAAUUUGACUCUGAAAGGAUGGCCACUCACAGACUUGGAUCAACUGCGCUCUGGUUUUGUUCAUCAACAAAAGCCUUUUAUACAGGCUCCUCAACCUCUUCAUCAACUACAAUUGUUGCCACCUCACCAGCAACAGCUUAUACUUGCACAACAAAAUUUGUCAUCCCCAUCUGCCAGUGAUGAGAAUAGAAAACUCAGAAUGCUUCUGAAUCAAAGGAGUAUGGCCCCAAAUAAGGACGGUCUUUCAAAUCCUGUUGAUGUGGUCUCAAAUGUUGCAUCACCUCUUCAAGCUGGUGGUUCUAUUUUGCAUCGUGGGGAUACGGAUAUGCUAAUGAAGUUUAAGUUGGCUCAGUUACAGCAACAUCCACAGCAGCAGAGCAACAAUCCACAGCAGCAGCAACUUCAACAGCAUGUUCUAUCAAAUCAGCAACCUCAGACUUCAAACCAUAAUAUGCAUCAGCUAGAUAAAGGGGGCGGCGGCGGCAGUGUCACCAUGGAUGGUAGCAUGUCAAACUCCUUUAGAGGAAAUGAUCAGGUUUCCAAAAACCAGACUGGGAGAAAGAGAAAGCAGCCUGUAUCUUCUACAGGUCCUGCAAAUAGUUCUGGAACAGCAAAUACAGCAGGUCCAUCUCCAAGCUCUGCACCCUCAACUCCUUCAACUCAUACACCUGGAGAUGUGAUAUCAAUGCCUGCUUUGCCUCAUAGUGGUAGUUCUUCAAAGCCUUUAAUGAUGUUUGGCACUGAUGGUGCUGGAACUCUCACUUCGCCUUCAAACCAGUUGUGGGAUGAUAAGGAUCUUGAAUUGCAGGCUGAUAUGGAUCGUUUUGUGGAGGAUGGAUCACUUGAUGAUAAUGUUGAGUCUUUUUUAUCACAUGAUGAUACAGACCCUAGAGAUACUGUUGGUCGUUGUAUGGAUGUAAGCAAAGGCUUCACAUUUUCUGAAGUAAAUUCUGUACGAGCAAGCACAAGCAAAGUUAUUUGCUGCCACUUUUCAUCUGAUGGGAAAUUGCUUGCCAGUGGUGGCCAUGACAAGAAGGCUGUGUUAUGGCACACAGAUACCCUAAAGCAAAAAGUUACUCUCGAAGAACAUUCAUCUAUGAUCACAGAUGUCCGUUUCAGUCCAAGCAUGCCACGUCUUGCAACAUCUUCAUUUGAUAAAACUGUCAGGGUUUGGGAUGUUGACAACCCUGGAUAUACAAUUCGCACCUUUACAGGACAUUCUACAUCAGUUAUGUCAUUAGAUUUUCACCCAAAGAAAGAUGAUCUGAUCUGCUCAUGUGAUAGUGAUGGUGAGAUACGAUUUUGGAGUAUAACCAAUGGUAGCUGUACUGGUGUCUCAAAGGGUGGCACUGCCCAGAUGAGAUUUCAGCCUCGUAUGGGGAGGUACCUUGCUGCAGCUGCAGAGAAUGUUGUCUCUAUACUUGAUGUGGAGACACAAACACGCAGAUAUUCGUUACAGGGACAUACAAAUCCAAUACAUUCUGUCUGCUGGGACCCUGCAGGCGAAUUACUGGCUUCUGCGAGUGAGGACUCAGUUAGGGUUUGGACUAUCGGGACAGGGAGUGAAGGAGAAUGUGUUCAUGAGCUAAGCUGCAACGGCAAUAAGUUCCACUCCUGUGUUUUCCAUCCAGCUUAUUCUUCCUUGCUGGUCAUUGGCUGUUACCAGUCUUUAGAGCUUUGGAAUAUGGCGGCGAACAAGACAAUGACUCUAUCUGCUCAUGAAGGUCUCGUUGCUGCCUUGGCAGUGUCUCCAGUGACUGGCUUGGUUGCAUCAGCUAGUCAUGACAAAUUCGUCAAGCUCUGGAAGUAACCUUAUGUUGUGUCUUGUGUGUUGUAAUGCUUGCAGUUCGGAAAUAGGUCCUACCACUGUUGAUCACGCAUGUCUCUGAAUUACCGUUUUGCGUGCCUUUUAGUGUAUCCGAUCUUCCCUGUAAUUUUAGAUGCUAAAGUUUUUAUAAUGUUGUAUUUGUCAUCGUGCUUGAAUGCCUGUUCCAGUUAUUAGGUUUUAGUAUAUACUACGGGGAUUUCUACAACUGCGUUGGGCAUCAUUUGUUAUAUCCAUUGUUAACUUCCGGCCCAUAA